AUGUAUUUUGUUGAUUACAAACUCAAUGUGAGCCACACUGGAAGCGACUCUUUAGUCAACUACAGGACUAACUUCUUGUCAUAUCUGGGAAUCGCUUCCAUAUCUCCCAACGUUUUCUUACAAAUACUUAAUUUAUUUGCCAACAAAUCCUAUGGAUCCCUGUCCACUCGUAUAUCCCUCUCAUUACUGCUCCAAUCGGUGAUAUUUGUGGCCACAAUCGUGUUGGCCGUAUUGGACACCACGGGAUGGCCGGACGUAUUCUUUUGGCUAACGAUGCUAUCGGCGGUUAUCAUAAACUCGGCCACUGGUGUACUCCAGGGCUGUAACUACGGGGCGGCCGCCAAACUGCCCAUGAAAUACACCAACGCUGUGGUCAUGGGAACCAACCUCAGCGGUACAAUAGUAUCCAUAUUC